AUGAGGAUUGCUCUGCAACAAAGUCGCUACACAUGGAGACACAACAAGGUGUUAAGACAGCUAGCAAUGAAGCUGGAGGAAGUAAGAAACGAAUCCUCCAGAACAUCAUCAUCCCUUCAGUCUAUCCAGUUUGUGAAAGAGGGUCAGAAACCAAGAUCAACAGCAGUCACUGGUACCGUUAACUCAGGAAGUAGUAUUCUGUGUAGGGGAAAGUGGGAGAUGAGAGCAGACUUGGACAGGCAACUCCACUUCCCGAAUACCAUCUGCGAGACAUCUCUUAGACCGGAUCUAGUUCUGUGGUCCGAGGAUCAGAAAGCUGCACUCAUCAUUGAGUUAACCAUCCCGUGGGAAGAAAAUGUGCAAGCAGCAUUUGAAAGAAAGAAACUGAAAUAUGAUGAUCUGGUCCAGCAGUGCAAGCAGAAAGGAUGGCAGACGCGUCUAUACCCAGUAGAAGUCGGUGUAAGAGGAUUUGUAGGGACUUCCUUCAUGCGUCUGUGCAGGGACUUCAACAUCAGGGGAAAAGCCCAGACACAGCUCACUAGGCAGGUGUCUGAAGAAGCAGAAAGAAGCAGUUUCGUGUUGUGGCUGAGGAGAAAGGAUAAGGCGUGGAAGUCCUUCCAGAGAAGUGGCGACAGUGCCGGAAGCGGAGCAGGGACGCCUGCUUCGUUGCCCCACCCCCCACAGAGACGUCUUAGGCAGAACGGGGCGAAACGUCGAGGAAGGGAGGCGUCUAACUGA